UCUGUCCUCCUCGUCUCAUCCUGCCACAAUGUCCCUGAAACUCUCCGUCCUGCUGCUGGUAACCCUGGCCUGCUUGGCCCGCUCUGGCUCGGCUCAGAUCGACGUCGAGGCGGAGCUGAAAAAGGUCCAGAGCGAUCUGGAGGAGCUGAAGGCUGAGAAACAAGCGAUGGUUGAGCGUCUGGAUGCGGCUGAGGGAGAACUGAAGAAACUCAAAGAAACUCCUAAAGUUGCGUUCACUGCCUCGCUGGGAGGAGACGGCCUUCAGAAGACGACAACAGGAAACAUGGAUCUGGUCUACAGAGAAGUUCUGACCAACGUGGGCGAAGCUUACAACACUGAGACAGGCGAGUUCACAGCACCAGUUCGUGGCGUCUACUACGUCCGCUUCACCACCAACGGUCCCACCGACUUCCCGAUGAGCGCCGUGCUCUACAAGAACAACAACGAGAUCCAGCUGAUCACUCACGAGCAGCCGUCCGGCGAGGGCAGUGACACCGCAUCUAACGGCGGCGCUCUGCUGCUGGAGCAAGGAGACAAGCUCAAGAUGGUUCUGUGGCACAACACGCAGAUCUGGGACAACAGCAACCACCACAGCACCUUCACCGGCUUCCUGCUCUUCCCCAUGUGAGGGCCAACAAGUCCAAAAAAACUAAAGAAAUCCAAAAGGAAAUCGGCACCGACUGAUUCCACCCAAAACUGUAAUUUUUCUCCUUUGAAUUUCACAGUAAAAGACCAGCUGGACUUGUGUAUUUUCUGUCUUUGUUCUCCUUUGAAUUUCACAAUAAAAGACCAGCUGGACUUGUGUA